CGAAGGGCUCGGUGCCUCAGUGGUGCAGACGCCGACUGUGUCGUUUGCCUAAUAAAAAGGUCUCGAAGCAUGGAUCUUGCGAAUAGUAGAGAUUAAAGUUUUGAUCUUCAGAUUACAAAUAAUGGACAGGAGUACAAGAGAGGGUAAGGGUAGGUGUCAUUGAACUGGUGAUUGGUCGCUCGUCGGUAAACCAAAAUAUAUACCCGUAAACCCAAAAGCCGUAGCAAAGCCACGCAUGCACUUGAGAGUCUCUGUCUCUCUCUCUUUCCCUCCCCUUUAAACGUGGCUUUUCCGACGCCUUCGUUCUGUGGACUCUUUCUUACUCAGCCUUACAGGAGGGCCUUUCUCAUCCCCAUCAUCCUCUGUCAAUUUGUUUCUGCGUUCUGGUUUCACUCUCUCUGACACUUGUGUUUCGGGUCGAAUCGGCGACGCCAUCGUUUUGGAUCGUUCGAGCUCUCUGUUUUUCUCUUUCCCUGCUGGGUUCAGCUGCCACGCUUCCUUGUCUAUCUGGGUUUGUAAUGAAGGCUAAAUAAAAGAUUCAGUUUUCUAUGAAGCCGAUCAAAUCAUGGAGGUGAUGACCAGAAAAAAGAGUGGCUUGUCUGAUGGGCAGGGAAAAUCAAGUUUAAAGAUGAAACAGUUGCCUUUUAUGGCAAUUCUGUGUACAGUGAUGUUGUUUAUUGUGUAUAGAACUACAAAGUAUCAAUAUCAUGAAGUAGAGGUAGACAGAAAGUGGAGUCUUUGGGGAGAAUCAGAGGAUUAUGCAGCUUCUGAAAAGUUGAAAGGCUUGCCACAAGGUAUUAGACAGGCUAAUUCAGAUCUUGAGUUAAGACCUUUGUGGUCGAGAAGCAGUUCUAGGUCAAAGGUUAGUGAUUACUCCAACCGGAACUUGCUGGCAAUUCCCGUUGGUAUCAAGCAAAAGCAGAAUGUCAAUGUAAUGGUGCAGAAGUUUCUUCGAGAAAAUUUUACAAUCAUUUUGUUCCAUUACGAUGGUAAUGUGAAUGGAUGGGGGGAUCUCAAGUGGAGUAGCAAGGCUAUACACAUAGCUGCUCAUAACCAAACAAAAUGGUGGUUUGCUAAAAGAUUUCUACAUCCGGAUAUAGUUUCUAUUUAUGAUUAUAUCUUUCUCUGGGAUGAAGAUUUAGGAGUAGAGCAUUUUUCCCCUUCCAGAUACCUUGAAAUUAUAAAAGAUGAAGGAUUGGAAAUUUCUCAACCUGCUCUUGACCCGAAUUCAACCGAGAUACAUCAUAGGAUUACCAUUAGAGCAAGAACCAAGAAAGUUCAUAGAAGGGUAUAUGAACGCAGAGGCAGUACAAAGUGUUCAGAUGCUAGUGAAGGGCCACCAUGCACAGGGUUUGUGGAAGGUAUGGCUCCUGUUUUUUCUCGGUCUGCUUGGUAUUGUGCCUGGCAUCUUAUUCAGAAUGACCUUGUUCAUGGAUGGGGAAUGGAUAUGAAGCUAGGAUAUUGUGCACAGGGCGACCGCACGAAAAAGGUGGGAGUUGUUGAUAGCGUGUUUGUGGUUCAUAAGGGAAUACAAACUUUGGGUGGGGAUGGUCAUGAUACCCCAAAGGGUUCAGAUUCUAGAAAGCUAAUCAAGAAACAAAGCUCAUCAUCUCUCGAUUCGCGAGGCGAGAUACGAAGGCAGUCAACGUGGGAACUGGAAAUCUUUAAAAAGCGAUGGAACCAAGCUGUAGCUGAGGAUAGAAACUGGGUUGAUCCGUUUAAGGGGCAGAAAAGACUGAUGAGAAGAAGGCGCAACCAUCAUCGAUGACCUUGGCCACCUGUUUAAGCUAUAAGCUUCACUUCACAGGCAUUAACUCCACUACAUAUAUAUAGGUAUACUUUAGUUUGGGUAGCUUGCCAUGAAUUUUUGUUCAUUCAAUUCUUGAAAAGAGAAGGGGGGAAAAAAAAAAUCACAUUUUUGUCUUUUAAUUAUUUUUUAUUUUGGCGUCCUCCUUCUCCAUUUUCAUGCUAUAUAAUGGUCAUGUAGAUGCAGCCUCAUUAUAAUGAAAACCUUUUACCACGUCUUUUUAUUAUUAGUA